AUGUUCAAUGAGGAUGAAGACUGGAAUGACGAGCAGGACGCUCGAGCUCUGAGCGAGACUGUCUUCAACAGCAGCCACGCGACGAGCAGCAGCUCAGAUGCCAAGCCCUGUAAUGAACGUCUUGUCCUGGGUACUUUAUCUUGGGGUACAUCGACCGCCUGGCAUUGCCUCCAGCCCCCUGUGAGCCUGAGGAUAAGAGUUUAUGGAAAACGGAUGAUGGAGAGUCAGACAUCGCUACCUACGAAAGACCAAAACCUUGAACUGAGCAAAGAUGAGAGUCUGAAAGAAGAGAAGCUCCGGAAAGCUCCACAGACCGGAACCAUCGGCCGACAGGAGACUCCGGCGGAGACUAAAGAGGAGCCGGCGGCAAAACGAAGAAGGAGAGUGAAACAGGACCGCUCUGCCUCCCUCAGGUCCCGCAUGGAGCAGCGCCUGGAUUCGGCUCGUUUCCGCUACAUUAACGAAGUUUUGUACAGCACGUCGAGCGGCGAGGCGAAGCGCAUGUUCAAGCAGGACCCACAGGCCUUUGGGAUCUACCACAGAGGAUACACGGCUCAGGUCCAGAGGUGGCCUGCCAAUCCCGUGGAUGGGAUCAUCUACUACAUCCAACAGAAACCUCCCUCUCUCGGGGUUGCAGACUUCGGUUGCGGCGACUGUAAAAUAGCGCGCAGCGUGAAGAACAAAGUUCACAGCUUCGACCUGGCCGCUGCCUGCGAGCUCGUGACAGUCUGUGACAGGCCGACGUGAGUGUGUUCCGUCCCGCGCGUGGACGGCUCGGUGGACAUCGCUGUGUUCUGCCUUUCUCUCAUGGGAACCAACCGGCAGAUUUCCUAG